CUCGCGCACACUACGCCAGAGCAAGAUGGCCGACGCGGCGGCCACAGCUGGGGCCGGCGGCUCCGGAACGAGAUCGGGAAGUAAACAGUCCACUAACCCUGCCGAUAACUAUCAUCUGGCCCGGAGGAGAACCCUGCAAGUGGUUGUGAGCUCCUUGCUGACAGAGGCCGGGUUUGAGAGUGCUGAGAAAGCAUCCGUGGAAACAUUGACAGAGAUGCUGCAGAGCUACAUUUCAGAAAUUGGGAGAAGUGCCAAGUCUUACUGUGAGCACACAGCCAGGACCCAGCCCACACUAUCAGAUAUUGUGGUCACACUUGUUGAGAUGGGUUUCAAUGUGGACACUCUCCCUGCUUAUGCAAAACGGUCUCAGAGGAUGGUCAUCACUGCUCCUCCGGUGACCAAUCAGCCAGUGACCCCCAAGGCCCUCACUGCAGGGCAGAACCGACCCCACCCGCCACACAUCCCCAGCCAUUUUCCUGAGUUCCCUGAUCCCCACACCUACAUCAAAACUCCGACGUACCGUGAGCCCGUGUCAGACUACCAGGUCCUGCGGGAAAAGGCUGCAUCUCAGAGGCGCGAUGUGGAGCGGGCACUCACCCGUUUCAUGGCCAAGACAGGCGAGACCCAGAGUCUUUUCAAAGAUGAUGUCAGCACAUUCCCACUGAUUGCUGCCAGACCUUUCACCAUCCCCUACCUGACAGCUCUUCUUCCAUCUGAGCUGGAGAUGCAACAAAUGGAAGAGACAGAUUCCUCGGAGCAGGAUGAACAGACAGACACAGAGAACCUUGCUCUUCAUAUCAGCAUGGAGGAUUCUGGAGCUGAGAAGGAGAACACCUCUGUCCUGCAGCAGAACCCCUCCUUGUCAGGAAGCCGGAAUGGGGAGGAAAACAUCAUCGAUAACCCUUAUCUGCGGCCCGUGAAGAAGCCCAAGAUCCGCAGGAAGAAGUCCCUCUCCUAAGCUGAGAAAGAAACCUGGCUUGUAUAGGGGCGCAAAUUCCACCCUGCCCCCCAGGGAGUUAAAGCCACUCGAGGGAAGAAGAAAGGAUGAUCUACCUCCUCAAGACUGAGCCGAGGCUGCAGGGUGUGAUUGGACAUGAUUUUUAUGGCAAACUGUCUGUUAAGAUGACCUGUUUUCACUGGAUGUUUGGGUUGAGGAAGAUAUGAACAGAAUAAUGUGACGUUUUUUUUGGAGAUGGAGUUUCACUCUUGUCACCCAGGCUGGAGUGCAGUGGCGCCAUCUCAGCUCACUGUAGCCUCCGCCUCCCAGAUUCAAGCAAGUCUCCUGCCUCAGCCUCCUGAGUAGCUGGGAUUACAGGCGUACACCACCACGCCCGACUAAUUUUUGUAUUUUUAGUAGAGAUGGGGUUUCACCAUGUUAGCCAGGCUGGUCUUGACCUCUUGACCUCAAGUGAUCCACCUGCCUUGGCCUCCCAAAGUGCUGAGAUUACAGGUGUGAGCCACCACACCUGGCUAAUUUUUGUAUUUUUAGAGAGAUGGGAUUUCGCCAUGUUGGCCAGGCUGGUCUUGAACUCCUGACUUCAAGUGAUUCACUGCCUUUGCCUCCCAAAGUGCUGGGAUUACAGGCGUGAGCCACCGCACCCAGCCAGAGACUUUCUCAGUCAACCAAGCCAUGCACUGGGGCAUAGCAGCAUCCAGUGACUGUUCAUUAUCACAGGAUUUGAUUUCUUUGAAACUCGGGAGACCAGGGAUGACCAGUGAAAAGUGACAGGAAAGAAAGGGCUCUUUGCUGCUGUGCUUAUUAUGAAGAAGACUGUUUGUCCAGCAUGUAUUUCAGGAUAUCUGGAUCCCAUGUAUUGACUGACAAUUUGUGGCACCACUGUCUCAUCCCAGAACUUCAUUCUUGUUUCUCUCCUCAUCUGGGCUCCAAGUGCUCCAUUGAGCUGAUGGAAAGUGACUGUGCACGCCCUCACUGUGUUGGAAACAGGAGGCCCACACAGCACAGCUUUGAUCCAGAGCCAGCUGGAAUCAGGAGUCUUGAGCAGAUUCGUCACUGUGAAGGAGAGCGACAUGUCAGGGUUGCAUCUGUCCUCCACUCAGCAUUUGAUGACAGCUCCCUUAAGCAGGCAGCACUCUACUCCUGAGAGAGUUACCAUUUAUUGCUCCUCUGAGGAAUGUGUGCUUGGGAACUGCCAAGUGUUGCCCCUUCUGGAAGAAGAGAUUUUUCUCUCACAAGAGCCUAGAGCGUCAGCUGUAUUAUGCUGGGACUUGAUAGAGGAGCCAUGGGGUUUAAACAGUAGGAAAGAGGGCCAGGUGCCGUGGCUCACGCCUCUGAUCCCAGCACUUUGGGAGACUGAGGCAGGUGGAUCACAGGGUCAGGAGUUCGAGACCAACCUGGCCGACAUAGUAAAACCCCCCCUCUCUACUAAAAAUGCAAAAAUUGGCCGAGUGUGGUAGCAGGUGCCUGUAAUCCCAGCUACUUGGAAGGCUGAGUCUGGAGAAUCACUUGAACCCAGGUUUCGGUGAGCCAAGAUCGUGCCACUGUACUCCAGCCUGGGCGACAGAGCAAGACUCCAUUUCAGAAAAACAAUAGGAAUAAAGUUAACAAUAGGAAAGGGUUUGGUGGGGUGAGUGUGAUGUUGAGGGCUGGGCCUCAUCUUGUGUUCUGAAAGCUGAGAAACCUGGCCGGUUGGCUGGAAGGCUAAUGAAGGGGCUGGAAUGAGCCAAGCUGAGGGGUUCUCCAACAAGCCCGUCUGAGUUUGUCCAACCGCUUUGUAUUCCUGUGGGGAGAACAGCAUUAUUCUUAAUGUACCUAUAAACCAGAAAACACAUUUUUAAGGAAGGUGCUAGGCAUGCUAAUACCCUUUCUGGUCUCCUAAGGCAGAGCUUUUAAAACUAAAUCCAAGGAAGAAAAAUGCAACGACACCUGGAAGUGAACACUGGAUGAAUAAGCCGAUCCCCAAAUUAGAAUCCUUAGUCCAUAUUUAACUUCAGUAUACCCCUUUGGCUUCCACAGUUCAACUAUCCUUUUUUUUUUUUUGAGACAGGGUCUCACUGUGUUGCCCAGGCUGGAGUGCAGUGGUGCUAUCUUGGCUCACUGCAACCUCCACUUCCCAGGUUGCAGUGAUUCUCUUGCCUCAGCAUCCAGAGUAGCUAGAUUAUAGGUGCUUGCCACCAGGCCUGGCUAAUUUUUUUUUUUUUUGUAUUUUUAGUAAAGAUGGGAUUUUGCUGUGUUGCCCAGGCUGGUCUUGAACUCCUGGCCUCCAGUGAUCUGCCUGCCUCGGCUUCCCAAAGUGCUGGGAUUAUAGUCGUGAACCACGGUGCCCAGCCCAUCUCUUAAUCUUCCAUUCCCUUGGUGAAUUUGGAAACUUGAAACACUUGGGGACUUGACAGCAGGCUCCGUGUUCCUCUGGCCUCAGUGUACUGUCAUUUUGCUUAGAAGGAAAGAGCUGCUUCUCAGGAACUAAGCGGGGCGGACAUUAGUAAAAAAAAAAAAAAAGAAUUGAAUUCCCCAACUGGAUUAAAUAGGAGUUUUUCAGGUUGGUAACCUGAAACUCUCCUAGAUCAAAGCAGUUAGACUGGCCUAUGUGUGCUUCUCAGGGUUUGUGAUUCAGUUCUUUGAGAUUCUUGGCCUGAUGAGUUGAUAAACACAGCCCCACAUUCAAGCCAUGGCCACUCCCAGCUUGCUGUUCUCACUGCUCUUGGGAGGUGUCGUCCCAGUCAGUGUUUCUGCAGUUUCCAUGUGUUGUUAUUAUCCAAAGUAAGCGCCUGUUGCGUGCAGUUGUGCUGAGUUAGAGGCAGGGUUUGGAAAAGGGUUGCUCUUUCUGCUGUUGAGAUUUCAGAGGCUAUACUCUUAAAAUUUUGUUCUGAGGGGAGACAGGGAAAGGAUUAGACAACUUGAAACACUGACCUGUCUGUUAUAUAAAAAUGCAUAAUUCUCAAUGUGUAUUUAUAAAUUUUUAUUUUUUAUAACUUUGUGGGACUUCUUAGAGGAAAAAGUAGUACACAAGCAGAUUGAAGAUGUGGUUUGUGAAAAUCUCAAUAAAUAUUCAUAAUAAAAACUUUGUAAAUAAAUAGAA